CAGCAUGGAGAGUCUGCAUCCCUUUCUCUUCAUUCUCGCCACCUUGCUGGGAACUUUGGCUCAAAAAGAUCUCAAGAACAGCGUCUUUGUGUUCCCGGAGGCCUCCGACACGGCGCACGUGGUGCUGCAGGCUAAUUUGAAGAAGUCGCUGACCAGCUUCACCGUCUGCGAGAGAGUCUACACGGACCUGGCGCGGGGUUACACCACUUUCUCAUACGCCACCCCGGCCAGCGACAACGACAUCAUAGUCCACAAGGCCAGCCCCACGGAGUACGAGUUUUACUUGGGAAGGUCCAAGGUGGCCUUUAAAACCCCGGCCCCCAAAUGUGGGUGGGAGCACGUCUGCGUGGCCUGGGAAUCUUCCACGGGGAUCGUGGAGCUGUGGCUGAACGGGAUCCCUUUGUCCCGGAAGGGGAUCGGGAAAGGUUACGCCGUGAGUCAGAAUGCGUCCAUCGUCCUGGGCCAGGAUCAAGAUACCAUGGGGGGUGGGUUUGACAGCAGAGAAUCCCUGGUGGGGGAGCUGACCGAUUUGUAUUUCUUCGACCGGGUGUUGACCCCCCGAGAAGUAGCUUUGCUGAGGAAGAAUCUCUUUGCAGCCAAAGCUGUCAUUAGCUGGAGAGCGUUGUCCUUCCAGAUCAAGGGUUACGUGGAGAUUAAGCCCCUUCUGUUUGGGUCAGCUUGA